AUGGCGAGCAGAAGUGGCGGUGAGGCGCUCCUGAUUGAUCCGGUCCUUGAACAGACCGGCCGUUAUCUGAAACUUCUUGAAGAACUCGAUCUGAAACUCGUCAAGGUGAUCGACACGCAUAUUCACGCCGAUCAUGUCAGCGCCAUGGGAAAACUCAGGGACGCUACGCGUUGCGUGACCGUCAUGGGUGAACAGUCUCCGACGGAAGUCGUUUCCAUGCGGGUCGGCGACAACGAGAAACUGACCAUUGAAGGGUUGACGCUUAGAGCGCUUCACACACCCGGCCACACGAGCGAGAGCUACAGUUUCCUGAUGGACGACCGCGUCUUUACCGGUGACACCCUCCUGAUCAGGGGCACUGGCCGCACAGAUUUCCAGAACGGCGACCCGUACGAUCAGUACCACUCCUUGUUUGAACGCUUGCUCAAGUUGCCGGAACAGACAUUUGUCUACCCUGGGCACGACUACAAGGGUGACACCGUCAGCACCAUUGCGGAAGAGAAGGCGUACAAUCCUCGCCUCAAUGUUUCCUCGGCGGAAGAAUACGCCGAGAUCAUGAACAACCUGAAUCUUCCCAAUCCGAAGAUGAUGGACGUCGCGGUUCCCGAGAAUUUGAAGCUCGGACUGCGAAUGGAAGCUCAACACCGCGUGCCCUCCGUCGAAGUGGACGCGUUGCUUGCGGACUGGCCGAAUGUACAGAUGCAGCUCGUCGAUAUCCGUGAGGAGAGCGAGCGCAGACGUGAUGGCGCAAUCCCGGGAUCAAUUCAUUUGCCCUAUGGACGGUUUGCUUCCCACUGUUCGGAUUCCGGCACACUUCGCAGCCUCAACAGGAACGCGGACCUUUUGAUCUAUUGCGCCGUUGGAGAACGUUCGACGCUUGCUGUUGAAAUAGCCAAUGAAUACGAUCUGAAGGGACUUGCGCAUCUGCCUGGAGGAUUUCGCGCCUGGAAAGCCGCAGGUGGCGAGAUCGAGGCGAUCGACUAACGCCUGGUCUUCGCGUCCGAAAAAAAGACCGAUUGCCUUGGCAACCGGUCUGUUUGUUAUUUCUGCGCCUUUGACGCCUUCCGCUCUGCACGGGAAGGCUUGUUCUUUUUCGGGGCCUUCUUUUUGGCAGGGG